CAACUAUUCUCUUUGUCAAACCCCCAAUCUCCUCUUUCUCUCUCUCUGCUUUAACAAACAGAGAGUGUUUCAGAUUGGAUCUUAAAACCCUAACCCACCAUGUCUCUAACCGUUGAGAAAACCUCCACCGGCCGUGAAUACAAGGUCAAGGACAUGUCGUUGGCCGACUUCGGGCGUCUGGAGCUCGAAUUGGCCGAGGUUGAGAUGCCCGGGUUGAUGUCUUGUCGGACUGAAUUCGGACCUUCUCAGCCAUUUAAGGGAGCUAAAAUUACCGGAUCACUUCAUAUGACAAUCCAGACCGGUGUUCUUAUUGAGACCCUAACCGCUUUGGGCGCUGAGGUCAGAUGGUGCUCCUGCAACAUUUUCUCCACACAGGAUCAUGCAGCGGCUGCCAUUGCUCGUGAUUCGGCUGCCGUGUUCGCUUGGAAAGGGGAAACUCUCCAGGAAUACUGGUGGUGCACGGAGCGGGCACUCGACUGGGGUCCCGGUGGCGGGCCCGAUCUGAUUGUGGACGAUGGUGGUGAUGCGACACUGUUGAUUCAUGAAGGAGUGAAGGCUGAGGAGGAGUUUGCGAAGACAGGUAAAUUGCCUGACCCGACUUCCACUGACAAUGCAGAGUUCCAGAUCGUGUUGUCGAUCAUCAAGGAAGGAUUGCAAACCGACCCGAAAAAAUAUCACAAAAUGAAGGAGAGAUUAGUUGGAGUGUCUGAAGAGACCACCACUGGUGUCAAGAGGUUGUAUCAGAUGCAGGCUAAUGGUACAUUGCUGUUUCCUGCCAUCAAUGUCAAUGACUCUGUCACCAAGAGCAAGUUUGAUAACUUGUACGGAUGCCGCCACUCUCUGCCCGAUGGUUUAAUGAGAGCCACUGAUGUCAUGAUAGCCGGAAAGGUAGCAGUGGUCUGCGGUUACGGAGAUGUUGGAAAGGGUUGCGCUGCUGCAAUGAAACAAGCCGGUGCGCGUGUCAUCGUUACAGAAAUAGACCCCAUCUGCGCCCUUCAGGCUCUCAUGGAAGGUCUCCAAGUCCUAACCUUAGAAGAUGUCCUUUCUGAAGCCGAUAUCUUCGUGACCACCACCGGUAACAAGGAUAUCAUCAUGGUUGACCACAUGAAGAAAAUGAAGAACAACGCAAUCAUCUGCAACAUCGGUCACUUCGACAAUGAGAUCGACAUGCUCGGUCUGGAAACAUACCCUGGUGUCAAACGAAUCACCAUCAAGCCCCAAACGGACCGAUGGGUGUUCCCUGAGACCAAGAGUGGUGUCAUUGUUUUAGCUGAGGGUCGGCUCAUGAACUUGGGUUGUGCAACGGGUCACCCGAGUUUUGUGAUGUCGUGCUCGUUUACUAACCAAGUGAUCGCGCAGCUUGAGCUGUGGAACGAGAAGGGGAAGGGGAAGUACAAGAAUGAAGUGUAUGUGUUGCCUAAGCAUCUUGAUGAGAAAGUGGCUGCACUUCAUCUUGGUAAGCUUGGAGCCAGGCUCACUAAGCUCACCAAGGACCAGGCUGAUUACAUUAGUGUGCCGGUUGAUGGUCCAUACAAGCCUGCUCACUACAGGUAUUGAGCGAUGAGGAUUCAGGGGAGCAAUGUGUGCUUGUUUUCUUUAUUAAAUACAUGUUGAAUUAUGGGAGAGGGUCAUGAUAUGAGUGUUUCUACACAUGUACUACAACAUAUUUACUAAUACAAAUUUGAUGAUUUUGUUGAAUAA